CCAGACACUCCCAACUGCAGGAAUGUGCUCUCUUCCCAUGGCAAGAUACUACAUAAUCAAAGAUGCACAUCAAAAGGCUUUGUACACGAGGAAUGGCCAGCUCCUGCUGGGAGACCCUGAUUCAGACAAUUGUAGUCCAGAGAAGGUCUGUAUCCUUCCUAACCGAGGCCUAGACCGUUCAAAGAUCCCCAUCUUCCUGGGGAUGCAGGGAGGAAGUUGCUGCCUGGCGUGUGUGAAGACAAGAGAGGGACCUCUCCUGCAGCUGGAGGACGUGAACAUCGAGGACCUAUACAAGGGAGGUGAACAAACCACCCGUUUCACCUUUUUCCAGAGAAGCUUUGGAUCUGCCUUCAGGCUUGAGGCUGCUGCCUGCCCUGGCUGGUUUCUCUGUGGCCCAGCUGAGCCCCAGCAGCCAGUGCAGCUCACCAAAGAGAGUGAACCCUCCACCCAUACUGAAUUCUACUUUGAGAUGAGUCAGUAAGGAGACAUGAGGCUGGGGUCUAGUCUAGUGCCCCCAAACUGAGAUCCUCUU